CAUCACCUCAUGCCCGGAAAAUGCACUUGGAGUCGAACAAAACCGCCAUGAAAUGAACCGCCAGUGACACGCCGCGAGAAGCCCAAUUGAGAUGCGUUGACGAGAUGGAACGGCAAAACGGGCAUACACCAUGUCGUCUUCGCUUCCCGUUCCGUCCAAGGCGGCCUUGACGGCGCUGCGAGGACUCGUCCUGGGCACGUCGUGCACCAUCGCCCUCAUUGCCGAGGACCGCCGCCGCAAAAUCAACAAUGCCAUGCGCGUCAUCGAGAACGGCGAGAGGAUCAAGUCGGCAAAGGCGUACCGUCCGGGAGGUGCCGCGCUCGCCUUGGCUAUGGAGGAGGAGGCACUGUGGGAUCCCCGGUUCGGAUCGGUGGCCGGCAUCAGUCUGGCGCUGCGUCAACACCAUGAUACGGAGGAAAUGCCGAGGCCGUCGGCGAAACGGAAGAGACAAGGGCCUCAGCUGUUGGAUGUGCAGCAAAGUGAACAGAAUGAUGCCGAAACCUUGGCCGAGGUAUCGACUACAGGAUUCCCGGCCGAGAGCGAAAAAGUCGUGGCCACUGAGGAGAGCGAUGGCAACGGUACUACCAACAAUAACAGCACCGUCCUCCCUGUGGGUACUGCCCAGCGCACGUCGAAGACGGCACGUCUCUCGAUCACACCUCUUCCCAAGCCGACCGCGUCACGCAAACCCUCUCCCAGCUGGGUGUGGGCGAACACCGACGUAGUCAGGUUCUACUCGUUUCCUACCGUUCCUGAGAUCAUCGCCCAGAUGCACGAAGCCUGCAAUACCAAAGAUUCUCUUCGAGUCACAGCAGCAUUGCAAACCGUCCUCAAGGCAAUGAAGCACAACGUUGCUCCUGACAACCUGGACCGGUCCUGGAUGGAAGCGACGGCCUUGUUGUGCCGGACAUGUCAGGAGGAAGGGAGGCUAGAUGACGCUGCGCAGCUUCUUUACCAGGUCAUAUGCCGCGGCCCGCUCGAGGAGAGCGAUUAUCUCAGCCACGAACCCUUUACCUUGAUCGAGGCCUUGCUGGCACGGUCACAGCCGGACGAGCAAUCAGGAGAUGUCAAUCUGGCGAACAUCGACGCUGCCGUCAACCUGUUCCUCCCACGAUUCAAGGACGGACUCACCGGCGUGAACACCCAGAUCUACAAUCUCGGGCGGAGAUUGCUCAAGCUAUGCUUCUCGGCGCACCGCCUGCAGCGCAUAUUCGGCGUGUACCGGAGGUGCAACCUGGUGGCCGGUGAGCAGUCAAAUGACCUGACCUCAUGGUUUCUCAAAAAACUUCACGAGAACCAGGAUUACGUCUCAGUCGUCAAGGUCUUUAUCUCGACCUUCUCUCAGUCUUCCCCUACCAAGGCUUCUGUGCAGGCUGUGGGCGGUCUCGUCGUCGACAGUGUCGAACUCGCCAACAACUACCGGCCGGAGGAGGUCCUGCAGAGACUGCACAGCAUCUAUUCCGGCCUCAACAUCAAGCUUAACCCGGACUGGGUAAUGAGGCUCUUCUUGUCACAUUGGAAAAAACAUGGCAACUUCGAGGAAAUCGAGGCUAUGUUUGAGCAGCUGCAAACCCCGGGGCUAAAGGAUUCCGUGUCCCGCUCGUAUAACAUCUAUCGCAUCAUGGUUGAGCUGGCUCUGGAGGCAGGUGAGGAGGCGAAAGCCGACUCGUAUUUGAUGCUCGCGGUCCGUGAGAACCGCACUCUAGCCUCAGGUGUGCGACUUCUGGGCGUUCUUGCCCGUUUUCACGCCGCGGACGGUGACUGGGAAGCCGUCCGCGCCGACUUUGAGGCGAUGAAUCAGCACGGAACACCGGCGGGGCCGGCCGGCAAGGUCUACGGACAGGUCUUCGUUCCAGUGCUCAAGGUAUAUGCUGAAUCGCAUACGGUUCGCGAGACGGAGGUGUUUCUCAAGUCUUACACGGAUGAGCUCCAAGUGCCGUUGUGCAGCUACCUGGUCACGCUUAUGGCAAAGCAAUACGCUGCCAUUCGCGAUGUUAGCUCUCUCGUCGACUGGCUUGACUAUUGCAGUCGGGCCGGCUUUCCCGUCGAUGCUGCUUUCACCAACGCCAUCUUGGUGAGGUGUCGACGCCAGUGGAAAUUUCCCUUUCGAGACCUCCGCUCGCUCUUCCGAAAAAUACGGGUGUUGAAUCCCGAUUUCGUUGACAAACACACGGCGCAAAUCAUGGCUGACGCCGCGCUGGAGGACUCCAGGUACAGCGGCAGAGCGGCCAAAGGGCGACUGCUCUCUCUGCGCGUUGAUGCGAAUGUGCUGCCGGCCAGGGGCAAACACGCCCGGGUAGAGGAUGUCAUCUUGGCCAUGAAGGAGGCGCUGCGGACCGACUCGCCCCGCCGCGCUGUCUGGAUCUACAAGCGCGCGCUACACUUCAACAUGCCCUUCUCCCAACAGGCCCUCCGGCUGGCCGUGCAGGCUGAGUUGACCGCAGCACCCAACGACUACAACGGGGCCUACGGCCUUCUCCGUGGUGCCCAGUCCAGGGGCGAGGACGUCACCCCCAUCAUCAACUACCUCCUCGGCAAACAGCUCAGCUCCAUCGCCUCCUCCACUACGCACCCAUCCGACGCAGAGGCCAUCAUCCAAGAGACGCUCGCGCAGUACCACAAAGCCGGCAUCCGCCUCACCGAAACGUCGCUCCACCGCGCGGCCCUCACGUGUCUCAAAACGGGCCACUUCCGCGGCGCCAUCGCCUACGCGCACAAGGCGGCUGCCGCGCGCGGCCCCGCCGGCGGCGGCCCGUGCUUCAACCUGCAGAACUUCAGGAUCCUGAUCGUCGCCUACGCGGAGCUGGUCGAUGCCGAGGGGAUCCGGGAGACCAUCCGCCGCGGCCUGGCGAGCCACUACCGCGAAGACGGCGCCUGCCGUACGGCGCUGCGGCACGCCCGUGACCGGGUGUUGCACUCGCGGGCGAGGCCCGUCUCCUGCGGGGAGAGGGCGCGGGCAAGGGAGUUGGUGGAGGAGGGGAUCGAGAGGGUCGUGGAGGUGAGGAGGCGGCUGAGGGCCGAGGCAAGGCAUCUGGAAAAGCAGGCUGUCGAGAUUAUGAGGCGGGCUGCGCUGGAUGCUGGGCGUGAGGAGGUGGAUUUUGGGGGGGUGCCUUGGCUUGGUGGGGUUAAGGGUGCCGGUGAUGAUGCUGGUGCUGCUGAGAAGGGUGACGGGAAUAGUGCGGAGAGUGAAGCGGGUGAGGAUGGGUUUCUAACCGGAGGGAUGUAUGCUGAGCUGGAACGGACGUUGCUGGAGGGAUCGGGGACGCCGGCUGUUGAGGCUUACUAGAUGGAGACGUCGGAAUACCGGGCCCAGCCGUCCAUAGAACCUGAAGGAGACGUUCUUGCAUAUUGGCAGUGUAAAAGCAUAGCUGUAGUACUCGUACAAGUCACAAUAUUCAGAAAUCUAAUUUGGUAGUCU